GUCAAUAUUAGGAAGACAAUUGUGCAAACCAUACAAAGAGGAGGAGGUGUCUUCAGGCGAUAAACGUCCCAAUAUAGAAGCAGAUUUGACUUCGCUAUCACAAAAACGGUAUUAUGAUAAGCUCAAAGCAAUAUGGUAUACCUGUGAAGCAGGACAGAAUAUUAUAUUAACUUUGGAUGACGAGAACGAUCUUAUAUAUAAGAAUAUACUUCAAUAUCUAACGUUAUUUGAUCAAAUUAUUGAAGAAUAUUCGGAUGUUGAAGAGGGUGACGAUAAUGUGGUUAUAAAAAAAAAGCAUCCAAAUCAAGGAUGA